AUGCCCUCAAGUGCCAGUCCUUGUGUGACGACUACGGCUACGACAUCCAGAACAACGAACCACGUCUCGCUUAUCCUACCAGACAAGUGCAAAUUGAAAACCAAAACCUACCGUGCUGACAGCCCGCCACAUCAAUCUCUGCCCAAAAUGUCAGUUCCCCGAUUCGCAUCUUCAUGGCAAGUCCGCGCCGAGGCCGGUGAGCCCUUCGCCGUGAUCCGGGUCCGCGAUCUGCAGGGCACGCUCAAGGCCGGCACCGAUGCCUGGGGCCGCCCGAACAAAACGCAGCCCGUCGUCGUAUCGGCGGAGCUCUCGAUGGCGCAACCUUUUGACGGCGCCUCGGCCACAGACACGGUCGGCGACGACACGGUGCACUACGGCCACCUUGCCAAGGCGCUCCUCGGCAGCCUGGACAUGGUCAAUUCGCUCGUUGAGAAGCGCGGUGGGCCGUUCAGCCUGUGGUUCGCGCUGCUGCACAUCUAUGAGCAGCUGACGGGAUACCGCCUCGACCAUCGCGAGCGGAUACCCGAGGACGUCGUCCGCACGAGCCAGGGCGGCACCCUGCGGCAGCAGCUGGAGAGGGUGAGGUGCAUGGACAUCACCCUCACGCUGCCCAAGGGCUCACUCCUGGGGGACGGCGUGAGCAUAUCGCGGGCCAUGGUGUUCGAGGCCGCGAGGCCUGUGGUCUGGAGCGAGACACUUAGGAUCCACGGGCUGCGGGUGCCGACGCUCAUAGGAGUCAACCCGAACGAGAGGAAGGCGAAGCAGGUCGUCAAGACCGACGUGGAGAUUGAAGGGUACAAGAGCAACGCCGUGGGGGAAGACGACAUAUAUGUUGAGCUCGAGUCCGUCGUCGUCAAGACGCUGGAGGACUCGUCAUUCGAGACCCUCGAGGCCUUGGGGCCGGCCAUCGCCAGCAGCAUCAGAAGGUGCCUCGCAACGUCUGGCGAGCCCUUUGGCCUCCCUGGCUGGGUGAUCAAGGUCAUCCUGGAGAAGCCCACGGCUAUCACCAUGGCCGCCGCCUCGCGCGUCGAGUACAGAGAACUACCGGGAGUGAAGCCUUAG